AUGAGACUUUCGUGGAUCAAUAGAAGUCUACUUCUGAUCGCGUGGACUGUAUCCUCCUCUGCAGGCGCGGCCGAGUCCCAGCCGGCCGAGCCGAGGGGCAGUUUCUGCGCCGAGGCGUGUGGCAACUCACUGGCCAAGGUGCCAUUCACCGAUGCAGAUCCCGAGCUCACACCUGAAGAAAACAGAUGCUCCAGCCGGCUGCACUUGCAGUCCAUGUAUCUGUGCCUGGGGCUACACUGUGAUGUCGAGAUUCGGCUUGAUGCCCUCCGGGACCUGAACCAGACGUGCCAAAGCAACACCGGACUGACGUUGCCUCCCUAUAACAUCGUUUCUGGUUUCACGGAUGACGAAAUCUCGCAUCUUCCCCGGGUCAACACGACCAGCUCGGGACAAGGACCUGUGUACGACGAGCCUGUGCUACCGACGCCGUACCUGUAUACGGUCUGGUUCAAGACUCUGGAUGCCCUUACAUAUGUGCACUUUCACCACGCGUUCUACGGCCUCGCUAUGACUAUGUUCUGGAUUGUUGUCUGUGCUGUUGGUGCAUUUUACCGUGCACUCGCCCAUUACGAGGCACGGCAAUCCCGGCGCCUUGGUCCGCAGAGCUGGACCAGAAGAUGGUUGAAGAGGCAUGUCUUGACUCCUGCAGCCUUCGGCCAAGUCUGCACGCGCGAUAUAGGAGGGUGGGGCACUAUCCCGUCGCGUGCCCAGACACUCGCGAUAUCACUCUUUGUGGCUCUCAACAUCGGCUGCACUGUCCACGGAUACAAGAUAUUCCCCGGAAACAUCUACUUUCCCACCGAGACAAGGCAGAUCCUUCGUUACGUUUCAGACAGGACUGGCAUCAUAUCAUUUGCCAAUUUUCCUCUUAUCUGGCUGUUUGGUAUGAGGAACAAUGUUGUCAUCUGGAUUACAGGAUGGGACUUUGGAACAUUCAACAAGUUUCACCGGUGGGUUGCCCGAGUAGCGACGGUACAAGCUGUCAUCCACUCAGUUGGUUACACAAUCCUCAUCUUCAAAGAAUGGCUAAUUAUCGUUGCAGAUGGUGGAUGGUCAUAUUUUGUGUGGUGGCUGUCACUCAUGUUCUUUUGGACCGGCGAAUUGGCCACCAUUUUCAUGUGUGCACUCUUGAUCCUCUCGGUGUAUUGGCUGCGGAGACACUAUUACGAGGCCUUCCUUCUUAUUCACAUAGUGCUCUCCAUAUUGAUGCUGAUCACGAUGCUUGGCCACGUCUCCAUUUUUGGAGGUGAAUAUGACGUUUUUGUAUGGGUGCCUGUCUUCAUAUGGGUGCUUGACCGUGUCAUUCGUGUCAGUCGCAUCUUCCUGUUCAACGUGCGUGUCUGGAACACGAAAGCCAUGGCAACAUUCAACCCGGCCGCCAACAUCGUCCGACUCGAGGUUCCCAUAUCUUCGAAGGGUCAUAAGGCCAAGCCUGGAACUUAUUACUACCUCAGCAUCCUCAACGACACCAAGUUCUGGGAAAGCCAUCCCUUCACGGUCGCAUCCACCACGCUCGGUCUCCCGAGCUUUGAAGGUGAUGAAAGAGCCGCACUUCUCGCUUCGGAGGAGAGCAGCCUCGAUGAUGGGCCUGACACACGCCAGAUCAUGACGUUCCUCAUCAGGCCCUAUGACGGCUUCACAGCGCGGAUGAGAGAUGCGGCAGCGGCAGAGUCGCCGAAACCUGCCUUGCUUCGCCUAGCUGUCGACGGCCCAUAUGGGGAAACGCUCCCCUUGCAUUUCUUUGACAACAUUCUGUUCAUUGUCGGCGGGAGCGGUAUUGUGGUGCCAAUGACGUACAGCCGUUCCCUUGCGCAGGAUUCGUUCUCGGAUGACGAGUCCGUGCAUAUGCCCCGUCGCGUAUCCAUACACUGGUCCGUCAGGGAAGCUGGUUUCGUCAGCGACACCGUCAAACAGGAUUUUGAGGCUGAUCUCAAUUCCGCAAACAUCAACACCCAUGUCUAUUUCACAGGCGAUUGCGGUCCAGACGGUCCGAUAGAGAAUCGAGAUGAUCAAUACAAGAUCAGUUGGAGCAGAGAGCGGUUAGAUGCUCCUGCCGCUGUGCGGGAAGCAGCGAGGGCCCUCGUUGGCGACGCAUCCUUGGCCGUGGUUGCUUGUGGCCCUGCUGCCAUGGCCGAUUCGACACGACAAACGACGGUGGAGCAAAUGGGGCUCUAUGAGAACCGCAUAGAGUACUUCGAGGAAAGCUUCCAGUGGUAA